GACAUUUCCGGCUGCAGAGUGACGGCAGCACAGCUACCUGUCCGUCGGGUCCAGCUGAUCUGAUUGAGAACGAUUCACUGAGGCGUCGUCUUGGACGAGAAGUCAAGCGGCACAGAAGCUCAAAGACUUGUUUCACUACAGAUUCACUACAUGGCAGCUAUCGACUCAGGGCUCAUGUCGGACGUGUCUGGAUGGACGCGACUCUGAAACGGCGCGCUGUGUCUGCAGUUCAGGCCAUGGAGAGCAGUGUGACCGCCUGCGACUACAGCCGCAACGUCACCUUCUUCUACAACUUGGUGGGCAAGAAGAUCAGCACAGAGUGGGCGACGAGAGACUUUCUGGUGAUCGGGCUGGGCUUGACAGUAUGCGUCAUUGUAGUCUUGGCCAACCUGCUGGUGAUGGUGGCCAUCUUCAAGAACCACCGCUUCCACUUCCCCAUCUACUACCUCUUGGGAAACAUGGCCGCGGCAGACAUGUUUGCAGGCAUCGCCUACGGCUACCUGAUGUUGCACACGGGCCCGUGGACCAGCACGCUCUCCAAGAAGCAGUGGUACAUCCGCGGCGCUUUGAUAGACAUCAGCCUGACGGCCUCCGUGGCCAACCUGCUGGCCGUCGCCGUGGAGCGCCACCAGACCAUCAUCACCAUGCAGCUGCACAGCAACAUGACCAAGCGGCGCGUGGUGCUGCUCAUAGUCUGCAUCUGGGCCGUGAGCAUCGUCAUGGGCCUGGUGCCGUCCACCCUGUGGAACUGCGAGUGUGACCUGGACGACUGCUCCACCGUCGCUCCUCUCUACAGCCGCCGCUUCCUCAUCUUCUGGGCGGUCUUCAACCUGCUCACGUUCCUCAUCAUGGCGGCCAUGUACACUCGCAUCUUCGUGUACGUGAGAUACGAGACAUGGAACGAGUCUCGUCACACCACGGAGAUGCGGCACCAGCAAACUGUUGUCAACCUGAUGAAAACCAUCUCCAUGGUCCUGGGUGCCUUUGUAAUCUGCUGGAUGCCCGGGCUGCUGACGCUCCUGCUGGACGGGCUGCUGGGCGAAGCCAGCCACGCCAACGCCUACGAGAAGUUCUGUUUGGUGAUCGCCGAGUGCAACUCUCUGGUCAACCCGAUCAUCUACUCUCUGCGGGACGACGAGAUGCGCCACACGUUCAAGUGGAUCCUGUGCUGCUUGUGUGGGAGCGGCGCCGAGCGGCCGCCCGCCGAGAACGACUCCCCCCCGCCGGAGGAGACUGUUGGCUGUGUCCGGAAGUUUGAAGAUCAGCUUGACUGUAUGGAAACGACCAAUGAAGAAGCCCGUUGGACAAUGCCGGGGUUAUGAUGGUCCUUCAGAAGAAACCGGUCUUAACCCUCAGUCAUCUAACUGGCAGGCUCAACUGAAUAUAAAGAUACACCUCUUUAAAAGGAUUUGAGGGACAAAGUCUUCCAGGUCUGACAAGAGUCAAAUAUUAAUCAUCAGAUGGUG